AUGGCGGUGCGAGUGGUGAAGAUUGAAUGCAGCGAGUACUCAACAAGAUUGGUUGCUCCUGGACACGGUUUUCCGACAGGGGCGCAAAUCCAAUUGAAGGGCAUCCCCCAGUUAGACGGGACGUUUAUUGUGGACCACUGCAGUAAGCUCAACUCCUUUUGGAUUUGCCGGGACAUGUGUGUGGAGGUAGCAAGUAUCGACCCAGCCAACUCUACUGUUUGCACAGCAAGCCCCCACGGGCUGAGCGCCUUGUCUGAAGGAGUGAGACUAAGCGGGUUUGAUCCUGAUUCCAACUCAGCAUUUGAUGGUUGUGCCCAUGUCAAGAGCGGCGGCAUUAGCGAUUGCUCCGUGCGCUUGGAAUCCUGGUGUGAAGAAAGAAACACAUGGGUUCCUGCGAACUUGCCAGCUCGCCUGACCCGCGGCACUCUAAGCUGCAAACGUUGUCCGGUGGUCCUAGCUGAUUGUCAAGGGAGUGGUUGGGCGUCGCUGGUGCACCAGAUUCCCAAACCCGAGGAGGCCUGUUUGCAAGAGUGGCAGGCCGCCAUAAAGUCUGCAAGACGCCUUGGCAAAGUACGGAAGGAGCUGCAGCCAGCGCAAGCGGUAGAGCCGGACACGUCGUUGCUGAAUGUCGGGUCAUGCGGAUGGGAGCCGUGCCACGGAAUUUUCCGGCGAGAUGGGCACCUGCGCUUCACUUUAGGUCCAGGAGUCAUUUCCAUCGUCUACGUCGAGCAGCUGGGCUUGUGGUGCAUGUUGGCAGAGGUGAUUCCGCUGCAUCGAUUGAAAGAGCAGCGGUUUUUCCUUGGCCUGGAGUUCGAAAGUGGCCCACAGCUGCUGUAUGUGGCGUCGAAGCUGCUAGGGCGCUGGGAACCUGUCAUCGGCCCGGCUCCGGGACCAAAUGUAACGGAGCACCGGCAAGUGGAAGUGCUGCUUGCCGCCGGACAAGGGGCGCUGUUGCAGCCCUGCGUCAACUCGCUGGUGUUGGACUUCUUGUUUAACUACACUCAUGCAACCUGGCGCGGAGGGAUUGGCGAUGGCAGCAUAUGGGGCAUGAGCGCCAUGGAAAUCUUGCUGGUGGUUCUUAAGCUGUGGCGACACUCACAGGCUUGUUCGGCUGUUUGCAAGACAUGGAGCCAAGCCCUAAGGCCUUUCCAGGACUUGACCCAGAUGAUGUAUCAUGGAUUCCACAUACGGAGUCAGCAAGUUCCCACUCAACUGCCUUCUGCUCGAGAACUAGUUGCGGCCAUCCGAUAUGCUGCGGUUUUUUGGAAAGAUGGUCUGAUGGUUACCGAUCAUGAGAAUUUCCAGGGCCGCUCUUGGCCUAGUCUCGUCAAAUCAGUGUGCGUGAAAAGCGAGCUUCGUGUCGGCGAGGAUCAUUUUCUGCGAGGACCGACAAGUGCUCUGCUGAACCAGCAUGCUGCGGUGUUCUCCCAAGUUGCCCAAGAGAUGCUUCACGGCGUGGCUUUGCCUUGGAGAACGCGGCCUCACACGCGUGGCAUGGUCACCAUGGGAGAUGGUCGCAGAUACGCGAGCUGCGACUUGCUGGAUUUUGUGUCUGGCGAGACGGCCUUCGGUUCUUUGGUGAAUAUUUGCACCGACUCGGAAGGACACCUAGAACUCUUCUCACUUGAUUGCUCCAAGCUGCUGCCACAUGCUGCCGGUGCCUUAGGCCCCUUGGUGCUGGCGGGCCUGCGACCAGAAACAACCACACGUCUUUGGUCUUCCAGCCAGCUGCCUCCCAAGAAGCCCGGAGACCCAUGUGGAUUCUUUCUCUGCAAGUCAUCCUCGCUGUGCUGCGAGUGUAAAGAUGACAGGGAUGGCCGCACGCGCCUGGGGGCUUCACAGUUGUUCGGUGGCUAUCGGUUGAAGUUCCAUCUGAAUGAUACACAGAUAGAGCUGGAGAUCAACAUCCAAGUGCUCCCUUUCUUUGUCACUUCCAAGGAUGCCUCGCUCGGAGAAAAGUUGGCGCGACUGCUCCCGUGGCGUGACGAAGACAGUGACAUCGACGGUGAGGAUUCCAUGCCGGAUCCCACAGUGAGGCGGCGACUUGUAGGAAAGCAGCCUCCACCAGCUUGCUAUAGAAGUUAA